UUGGGGCGUCUCUGUGGAAGGACCCCUCGCGUCUCGCCUUCGCGCCCGGCGGUUCUGCUCUCCGAUGCUGUGCCCGGAGGAGGCGGCGGCCCCGGCCGAGCAGGACCUGCUGGACUUCCUCCUGCAGGAGGAGCUUUUCCUGGGGAGGGAGCCGGAGCAGUGGGACCUCCCGCCGCCGCAGGUCCGGCCGGGGGAGGACGACGACGAGCUGGAGGAGCUCCUGAGGGGCCUCUGGAGCCCUUUCGGGGAGGAGUCGGACGGCUCCGCGGAGCGCUGUGGCCCGAGCAGCCUUGCCGAGGACCGGUCUCCCGCGGACAGCCCCCCCGGGUCGGGAAGCGUCCAGUCGGAUCACAGUUACUCCUUGUACCCGAGCGCCCCCACGCCUCAGGGGGAGGCCGCCCUGGAGACGCGGGAAGGGGACGUAGCCAUCGAUCUGGAGAGGUGGGCAGAUGUGGCGGCCUACGAGGGCCUCGGCCUUCCUGCUGCAGUGCCCGCAGGGGAGCUCCUGGUAGGAGCAGGCCUGCAGUUGGACUUUCCCCCACUGGUCCUGACGGAUGAAGAGAAGCAGCUUCUGGAGAAGGAGGGUGUCUCGAUCCCCUCCAACCUACCCCUGACCAAGGCAGAGGAGCGGGUCCUGAAGCGGGUCCGAAGGAAGAUCCGCAACAAGCAGUCAGCCCAGGACAGUCGCCGCCGGAAGAAGGUCUACGUGGACAACCUGGAGAGCAGGGUGCUCGUCUGCACAGCCCAGAACAGUGAGCUUCAGAGGAAGGUGCAGCUGCUGAAGCAGCAGAACACGUCCCUGCUCGAGCAGUUGAGGAAGUUGCAAGCACUCGUCCAGCACACGUCCACCAAGACUGCUGCGGCCAGUACCUGCGUCAUGGUCCUGUUCUUCUCCUUCUGUCUGGUCCUCUUGCCCAGCAUUUAUCCUUUGGGAGGCCAGGAGCAACUGCUGGGGCAGCCAGGAGUGCUGUCCCGGAAGCUGCGUGAGUACUCGAAUGGGGCUUCCUGGUCACCGGCCGAUGCCCCCCAGCCAGAAGAAGCGACAGUGUCCCUCCCUCCCAGGUCCCUGGGGCUGCCCUGGUCGGCGAAAGCCGUGUCCCGCGAAGGCUUUAGGUCUGCAGGGAGCCUCAAUGGGUCUCUGGAGGGCUCACAGAGUCAACCAGCGGCUCGGCCCCCCUUGGCCAGCAGCAGCAAUGCCUCCUCGGGCCCACCUUCCCCUGCCUUGGAGGGGCUCUCCUCACACCCCCAGUACCAGCCUCCAGGGAAGGAGAGGGCACCCCCACCAGCCUCGGGUGACCAGCAGCCUGGCUGGGUGGAUGGUGCUACCAGUGUCAUUCUUCAGUCCCAUCGCGCCGAUGAAAUGUGACGUCUGAGGCUUUGGUCCACCUUGCCAACAGCAUGUGGGUGCCAAGAUGUAUAAUGGGAAGGUCUGGACAGGGGCAGGGGGGUGGGCAGCUAGCAGUCCUUUAGAGUGGGCGGCAGGAAAAGUGGGGGCUGUUCAACAACACAGCAGCUUUGCCCAGAGGGGCCCCUCUGGCUGUGGAGAGCACACAGAAGAGUAAGAGUCGCCCCAGAAAGCGCUUGGCUUCCCUUUGGGGUGCCGGCCAUCCCCAGGCUUAGAGGCAGGGCUGCUGCGGCCACCAGCAAGAGGCAACUAUGGAGCAGGUGCCACCUCUCGCUGCCCAGACUCUUUGCCCCCAUCCCAGGCAUCUCUUCUUCCACUGGGGGUUUCCCCGCCCCAGCUAAUGGCCAGACAAGGCCAGAGGGGGACACCAGCAUGAAGAGGAAGGAUGCUGAAACAUCUGCAGAAUCGCUUUAAUCCUGCUUGUUUUAUGUUUGUGUCCAGUAGAGAAGCAUAACAAAUAAACAGCUCAGAAGGAGCCUUUUCCUCUCCGCU